CCGGCCCCGACAUCUUCCACCAAGGCGGGAAGAGGGAGUUUCUCUCGAAAGCUUACGCCCUGAGAUUCUUGCCAGGGUUACUGGACCCGAAGUUCCCCAUAUUACGCGUUUCCCAAAGUAAACUGGAGAGAGAAAGAGCCUUGACGUGAAGAUGGCUACUGCCCAGCUCUAGCUGGAAGUACUGAAGAUCACUCCAUCUAUAUUUAUCAGGAAAUUAGCAAAUAUGCUUUGUUAUGGUUUUUUGUUCCUACAGAGUUCACCUUCUCUCUUUAACUCUUGGGUAGAAAAUUGCCACGGUAUCUCAGGGAAACGGUAACCUGCAGGGGUUUGUUUUCCAGUAACAACUGAAAACAAUGGACAGAUGAUAUCAAUUAAACUGCAUUUGGCAGCUGACUUUAUCUCAGUAACAAGUGACUGCGUAAGCAGCCGAAACUGCACGGAUUUUUAUUACCCUUGCCACUGGGAAUUAUGUACAGCCUCUCAACUCUCUGAGUGGAUGCAGUUUCUACGUAGAUCACUUUAGGUUCUUUAAUCAUGUCUGUUAGCUUGACAGAGAGUGAACUUCCUAGGUUUUUUGUGGGUGGCGAAGAUGGAGAUGAGCUUUUGGAUCAAGCCAGGUCUUCAGACUUUGAUUCCUUCUAUGAUCAUAUUGAAGAUGAAGAUGAGGAGUAUGAUUCUCCACCAGAAAGACAGAUUGUGGUUGGAAUAUGUUCAAUGGCAAAGAAAUCCAACUCUAAACCAAUGAAAGAAAUACUUGAACGCGUUUCCAUGUUUAAAUACAUUACAGUAGUAAUAUUUGAAGAGGAUGUGAUUUUGAAUGAGCUUGUGGAAAACUGGCCUUUAUGUGACUGUCUCAUUUCUUUUCAUUCUAAAGGGUUUCCAUUGGACAAAGCUGUUGCCUAUGCAAAACUCAGGAAUCCAUUUGUUGUUAAUGAUUUGAAUAUACAGUAUCGCAUACAAGACAGGAGAGAAGUUUAUAGCAUUCUUAAAGCCGAAGGUAUUUUACUUCCUCGUUAUGCAGUUCUAAACCGUGAUCCAAACAACCCACAAGAAUGUAACUUGAUUGAAGGAGAAGAUCAUGUGGAGGUUAAUGGAGAAGUUUUCCAAAAACCAUUUGUAGAAAAGCCUGUUAGUGCCGAGGACCACAAUGUAUAUAUUUAUUAUCCAACAUCUGCUGGAGGCGGAAGUCAGAGGCUUUUUCGAAAAAUUGGCAGCAGAAGCAGUGUUUAUUCCCCUGAAAGCAGUGUGAGGAAAACCGGUUCAUACAUUUACGAGGAAUUCAUGCCUACAGAUGGCACUGAUGUGAAGGUAUACACUGUAGGUCCAGAUUAUGCACAUGCAGAAGCUCGUAAAUCUCCUGCUCUGGAUGGGAAAGUAGAGCGGGACAGUGAAGGGAAAGAAGUCCGGUAUCCAGUCAUCCUUAAUGCAAGAGAGAAGUUGAUAGCCUGGAAAGUAUGCCUUGCAUUUAAGCAAACGGUUUGUGGCUUUGAUUUGUUGCGUGCGAGUGGACAGUCCUACGUCUGUGAUGUCAAUGGUUUCAGUUUUGUGAAGAACUCAAUGAAAUAUUAUGACGAUUGUGCGAAAAUUCUUGGAAAUAUCAUAAUGCGAGAACUUGCUCCACAAUUUCAAAUACCAUGGUCCAUACCUUUAGAAGCAGAAGAUAUUCCUAUUGUGCCAACCACAUCAGGGACAAUGAUGGAACUUAGAUGUGUUAUUGCUGUUAUACGGCAUGGGGACCGGACACCAAAACAAAAAAUGAAAAUGGAAGUUAAACAUCAGCGAUUUUUUGAUCUUUUCGAAAAAUGCAAUGGAUAUAAGUCUGGGAAGCUAAAACUGAAAAAACCUAAGCAAUUACAGGAAGUACUUGAUAUUGCAAGACAGCUUUUAUUAGAACUUGGGCAAAACAAUGACUCUGAAAUUGAAGAAAGCAAGGCUAAACUUGAACAAUUGAAAACGGUGUUGGAAAUGUAUGGACAUUUUUCUGGUAUAAAUCGCAAAGUUCAGAUGACAUACCUUCCUCAUGGUUGCCCCAAAACAUCUAGUGAAGAAGAAGAUAGCCACAAAGAGGAGCCAUCUCUACUCUUGGUUCUAAAGUGGGGAGGAGAACUGACACCUGCAGGCAGAGUUCAAGCAGAAGAACUAGGAAGAGCAUUCAGGUGCAUGUACCCAGGUGGACAAGGAGACUAUGCUGGAUUUCCUGGGUGUGGUUUACUGAGACUACAUAGUACCUAUCGACACGAUCUCAAAAUAUACGCCUCUGAUGAAGGAAGAGUUCAAAUGACUGCAGCAGCUUUUGCAAAGGGACUGCUUGCAUUGGAAGGAGAACUCACUCCUAUCCUUGUACAGAUGGUUAAAAGUGCUAAUAUAUGACCAGAUUAUUCUACUUUCGAUGACAGUGAUAGUGGAUUCUUCUUGUGAGUUAGCCGCCGCUCGUGUGAAGAGCCACGACUUCAUGAAAUACUCCAGAGAGAUAGAGACUUUACUUCUGAAGACUAUGAAAAGCUUGCGCCACCUGGCAACUUUUCUCUGAUAAAAUCAAUGCAAGAGAUAAAAAAUCCUGUUAAGACAUGUGACAAGGUAUAUUCCUUGAUUCAGAGCUUGACUUCUCAGAUCAGACAACGGAUGGAAGAUCCUAAGUCUGCAGAUAUUCAGCUUUACCACAGCGAAACCCUGGAGCUCAUGUUGCGUAGAUGGGCCAAGCUUGAAAAGGACUUUAAAACAAAGAAUGGAAAAUAUGAUAUUAGUAAAAUCCCAGAUAUCUAUGACUGUAUAAAAUAUGAUGUCCAGCAUAAUGUCUCUUUAAAGCUAGAGAAUACAAUGGAAUUGUACAGGCUGUCAAAAGCAUUGGCUGAUAUUGUGAUACCACAGGAAUAUGGUAUUAGUGAUGCUGAGAAACUAGAGAUUGCAAAAGGUUACUGCACUCCUCUACUGAGGAAAAUCCGGUCUGAUCUUCAAAGGACUCAAGAUGAUGAUACUGUAAACAAGCUCCACCCUUUGUAUUCCAGUGGGGUUAUGUCUCCUGAACGUCAUGUUCGAACAAGAUUGUACUUCACUAGUGAGAGUCAUGUCCAUUCCUUAUUGUCAACUUUACGUUAUGGUUCCUUGUGUGAUGCAUCUAAAGAUGAACAGUGGAAACGAGCUAUGGAUUAUCUCAAUGUUGUCAGUGAACUCAAUUACAUGACUCAGAUUGUUAUUAUGCUGUAUGAGGAUCCAAACAAGGAGCUUUCAUCAGAAGAGCGUUUCCAUGUGGAAUUACACUUUAGUCCAGGAGCUAAAGGUUGUGAAGAGGAUAAAAAUUUACCAUCAGGCUUUGGCUAUAGACCUGCUUCUAGAGAGAAUGAUGGGUCAAAGAAAUCGCUUAGAAUUGACAGUGAUGAAGAAUCACAUUCUUCUAAAAGGGAUGAAACUGAUCGCUCUAUAAUGAUGUUCAAGCCAAUGGUGUCAGAUCCAAUUCAUAUACACAGAAAGUCACCCCUUCCAAGAUCCAGGAAAAUUGGAUCCGUGGAAGAAGAGAGCCCCCUGAGUGUGUCUAGCCCAGAGUGUAUUGGUACCUGGCUGCAUUACACCAGUGGUGUGGGUACUGGGCGUCGAAGACGCAGAUCAGGGGAACAAAUCACUUCUUCCCCUGUCUCCCCUAAAUCACUGGCUUUCACAUCCAGUAUUUUUGGCUCAUGGCAACAGGUGCCACCGGAAAACAACAGUCACUUUCGAACACCUAGAACAAUUGUGGAGCAAAAGUCAAGUGGCAUAGGGUCUCACUGUGCGGGCCUGUUUAGCACCACUGUGCUCGGGGGUUCUUCGAGUGCACCUAACCUACAGGAUUAUGCUCGUAUCCAUCGUAUAAAGGUGACUUCUUCUGGCUGCAUAGAUGACACCACACGUGGUUCUGCUGUUAAAAGGUUUUCUAUCUCAUUUGCUCGACACCCAACCAAUGAACAUCCAGACCUUUAUAGGUGCUGGUCGGUUUCCUCUGAGGGAUAUCUAGGCUCCAGUGGUUUUGAAUUGUACUCCAUGGUGCCUUCUAUAUGCCCUCUAGAAACUCUCCAUAACUCCUUGUCAUUAAAACAAGUGGAUGAUUUCCUGGCCUCCAUUGCCGCUUCCACUUCUUGUGACGACCUUCCACAGACAUCCACGGCUUCCUUGGACUCUCCAUCAUAUGUGAAUGCCAUAUCAGGAAGGAAAAGUUCUUUAAAUACAUACACACCUGCUAAAAUCCAGCCAACACCACUUGAAGUUUUUUUGGAUCGGCAAACUGUGGAGGUGCCUUCUUCGAGUACCGUUGAUCCUCUACCUCCUCAUGUUUAAAGACUGCAGCAUGAAAAGCCAGAAGGGGGAUGACCAAUAAUAGCAUAAUGUUGGUGAUUUAGCUCUCUUGAAGAAAUGAAGCACUUCUGACAAAACUGGAAGGACCUCCUGUCACAUCUGUUGCACUGUACAUUUCUUUGUAGAAAAACAAGUUAGUUUUUAAAGGCUUUUCACUUUUGUCUGUAUCAAUGAUUUUUUCUGUAUAGAAAAUGAUUUAUGUAGUGCAUAUAUUGUAUAUAUUCAGGUGAUUCCUUUGUUUCUAAAAUAUGAAAAGCAAAGAGGUUUACAUUCAUAAUUUUAAGGAACUGGUCAGAUAAACUGCACAACUUUUUCUCAUCUUUGCUCACGCACACACCAAAACAGCCUAAUAGAUCGCUUUGCACCCUAGGUGCUGCUGGGGAAAAGACAGAAAGGGAAUAGAUCAGACAAGACAAUUUCUAUCUGGGCUGUAACAAAGGCCGGCACAAGGAAGGAAACCUUCAUUGCCAUCUCACAUUAAUAUGCCCCCAGAAAGCAGCCAUCUUUUGAACAGCUGUCCCCAAAAAAACUGAACUUAAUGAGUGGUCCAAUUCCAAACUGGUAUUAUUGUAUUUUAGAUCUUGAUGACAGGUGAAAAGUACUUAAAACUGCCAACUGGGCAGAUCUAUCCUGCUACUCCCUGUAGAGUUCCUAAUGCUAAGUGUACCAGAUUAUUUUUGAGAUACCUAAGUGCUAUAUAACUAAUUUACAUGCCAAUUAGAAAGGUGUAUUGCUUUCAUUUCAGUUCCAAGAAAGUUUGUGCUCACAGUGGUGACCAACAGUAUAAAACAGUAAUCAGAAAUGACCGGGCAAUUACAUAUAACUUCCUUCCAACCAGGUAAGACUAGGGAAGCAAAGAAAAUAUUGUAUCUCCAGAUCCGGUGGCUACACAGAGAAACAUUUUCCUCCAAUACUAAAUGUCUUGACACACGCCCACUUCACCCAAGUUUGACGUCCUUACACUCACUGAUGGUCUUUCUCUUCUUUCUUCUUCCACCAGCACCUUGGUAGGGAAUAAGAACUUUUUCUUUGGCUCCACUUCAGAGUCAUGCUGACUUCAGAUGGAGUCAGAUGUAACAUUUUAUCUUGUGCCAGAUUCUCCUGACUUGCUCCAGCUUUACAAACGGUUUUUACAAGUGUCACUUCCUCUCUUCCGUUCUGAGGCAGCUGGAAGAGAGCACAUUACAGCAAUACUGGUAAUAGUCAGCUAAAGGUCUAUUGUUAAAAGUUCAAGUAUUCAUAAGUUAUGAACAAUUUUUAAUGUCCCAGCUCACUCACAGUUCAAUCCUAUGCAGUUACUCCAGACCCAGCCUAUUGUUUGCAAUGAGAUUAGACUGGAGAAACUUUACAUAGAAUUGCAUUGACCUGGGAGAAUCUCUUAUUUAGAUACAUUUCUAAAGAGAACAUUGCUUGUUAUUGAAACAUUUUUUUCUAUUUUAAGUAUACUAAGGAGAGUUAUGGGUCGCAUCUCUUUGAAUUUCCAUUCUUUUUGUGUACAUCAGACCUCAACAUUCAAAUGUAUUUUGGUUGUUAAUAUCUGUGCUUUAAAAUAUGGAUUUCUGUCCUAAACUCAAGAUGUUUUCUGUUUAUGCUUUUUCUAAGGGUUUCUGUUUUGUUGAAAAGAUGCUUUCUUCACAGGUUUCUUCAGAAUAUUGCUUAAUGAAAUAAUCCACGUUUGGAUAAAUAGGCUUUAUAAGGAAAAAAAGAAACAGCUGGUCUGUUAACAUUUCAUGUUUGUGAACUUUAUAUAUCUGCAAAUGGUACUGUCAUAUUUAAAAGUACAAGAAAUUGCAGUAUUACCAAAUUCAAAUUUAGCGAACAUUUGGAUAUUAGCCCAUUAUUGUUCUUUUAAUGUUUAUUGAUUUUCAGACUCUAGUUAAAGACAGUUGAACAUUUUCCAGUUUCAGUUCUGACAAAAUAGUUAGCAGCUCCACUGACCUUUAAAAAAUAUUCAGGUUUGCCAGUCAUGACUUACAGAUAAGUCGUCCUAUAGUUUCCUUUGUGGCUUGAUGACAUUCUGAAUACUUACUGCUCUCUCAAAUACAUUUGUGACCAUUACUGCAACUGAUAUUUAAAAAGAGUAAGUAUCAGCAGUAGUUUCCUGAUAAAUUAUAGGAGUCCUACCUUCAAUUAACAUCACUACGAAUACAGGCUUUUUCAUGUUUUCAUCCAGCAAUUCUCUGCAAAGAUGUAAUUGCUGAUUAUGCUUGCCAGAUUCCUGCUGACUUUCAGUGGGUCAUAUGAGAAAUUCUAAAGUCGUGUUUAAGAUACCAAAUAUGUAAUAGGUUCAUAGCUUGUCACUGCAACUGUUUCAUUUUCUAUAAUGUAACUUUGUAAUAUGGACUUUAUAUGUUUGUCUUGCUGACCUCUGAAUGUACAUGUCAUGUUUAUUAUUUUCUAUCAGAAAAUGCUGCAUUUUAAAUGUGCAUAUCAUUCCAGUCAACCAAAGCUUUUGUGUAAAAGUUGGAUGUGCUCUUAAAUUAAAAAAGUCAGUAACAUCUA